AAAUAUUUUUCACUGGUAGAACUACACUUGAAUACAAAAGGAUAUGAAUUAAAGAUGAUAGAAAAUUCCUUGCAAAAUGUACUUCAGUAAAAGUAUAGAUGUAUAAAAAUGAUAACAGGAUCAUACAUAUUUACAUAUUAUCAUAAUAAAAUGUAAAAGAAAUCGGGAAACGUAAUAGAACUGUUUACAGUUUUUCUACAAAGAUAUCCUGACGGCAUGAUGCGGUGCAUGUGACGUUGCAUGGACAAACUGGAUAUAAUAUUGUUAGUGCAGAAGAAAACAGUAAAACAAGUGACAAUGUCUGCUUCUGAGGACUACAAGAUGAGUGGUGAUAGACCAUCCUACAGAUCUAACAGAGCUGGUACACAGAGCAGUUCAGAAAACAGUGAUGAAGGGGAAGAGGACACGCCUCUGUGGAGACAAAAACAGGAAAAAUACUUCAGGAAACAAAAAGGUAGUCCAAUGGUUCUGUCUUCCAGCCUACCAGAGGUGAGAACAGAUUCUGUAAAUUCUCAAGCUGCACAAAAGAAGAAAAGUAACAACAUAUGGGGCUCUGUACUUACAGAACAGGAUCUCACUCAAACGCUCUCCAAAAGUGCUGCCGUUGAUAAACCAGAUGAAAUUCUAUAUAAUGAGAGAAAUGUAGAGAGUUAUGACUUCACAAAGAAGUAUCAGGACAAAAGACGAGGUUGGGAUUUGGAUGAUUCAGAGGCUCACAGUGCAGACAAUAAAACUGAAAUUCUUGAAUCUAGAAUGAUUACUGAAUCCAGACCUGUAGCGAGUCGGAGUAUAAUUGGCUAUGAAGAUACGUUAGAUAAAUCUAAAGACAGUAGAGAUUUAAGGCAUAAUUUAAGACGACCGAAUAAUAGAAAACGGAAGGCUGAUAGUGGUAAUGACAGACAACAAAGAAGUGGUGUUCAUGAUAGAUUGGGGGUAAAGAAAGUUACAACAACUAGGCUAGGAGAAAUUGAUAUGUCUGUAGAUAUGGAAGAUUCAGAACUAAUAAAAAAAAUAGCAGAAUUUCUUCAUGAACCAAAAGUAGAACUUAUAGAACGGGUAGUUACUCAUCUUGGGAAAGAGGUUGCUAUUAGAAUUGUGCAAGCCACAAAAGAUGUAGAGGAAUCAGGGGGCAUGUAUACGCUGGAUGGGAGCAGACGGCGUACUCCAGGAGGAGUGUACCUCACGCUGAUGAAACAACAGCCAGAGUUCAAUAAAGAUGUGAGGAAACUAAUUUUUGUUGAAGAUGUGGAGGAAAUGCAGAAACAUAGAAAAGAAAAACGAAAAAAAGCAAAAAGGAGAAGGCAGCAAGCUAAGAAGCAGGGCAAUGAUCAAAAGGGCAGUGAAUCCAGGUCAAGGUCAAAUUCACACUCCAGGUCAAGGUCAAAUUCAAAUUCCAGUUCAAAGUCAACACCACACAAAGGAGCCAACGCUGAAGAAGCUAUGGAGGAUGGGGAAGUAAAAGAAGAAACUGAUCAAAAGAAUAAUGAUGCAGCAGUAAAAGAACAUGAUAACAAAAAUAGUGCAAAAACCCGUGACAGAAAAAGUAGAAAAGAUGAAUCGAGUGAUGAGAGUAGCGAUGACUAUGAUGAUGAUAGACAAAAAUCAAACUGGUCAAAACCGUUUAAUUUUGAAGAUGAACUUGCAGCAGCUAAGAAACUGAUCCUUGAAAAAUCAAAGUCCCAAAACAAGGGAGAUAAUGAAAUGAUGGAGGCAGGAAAUGAUGAAGGUCAAGGCCAGGAUAAAGAAAAUUUUUCCGAAAUGGCAGACCUUGAAACUGCUGAAGCGGACGUUGUAGAUAUUGAAAUAGGACUAGAUACUGCAGAGUAAGCAGUGUAAAGAGCGAUCGAGUCAAAAUAACUACAGACUUAAUGGGGCACCCUACAAGUGUACCACAUAACGUCAAAAUGUUUUAAACAGACUCGUCUAUAAAGUUUCAAAUAUUUAUAUAAUUAAUUCAAUAUAUUUGGUAAUUGUUACAUCACAUUUUCACAGCCUAGCCAACACUUAAAGACAGCCUGUUUUACAGACAAAGGUAGCAAUUUUAUUCGCAAAUGCUCUCUUGAACCACUUUUUGUUUUUAUAACUAAGAAAUUGGAAGAACUCAUAUUUUUGUAAAACCUGGAGACCUUCCCCUUUGAACAUGAAUGGUGUAAAUUACUCUUUGUGAAAUUCUGCUGCAGAAUAAAUUGAUGUCUUGAAUUUGGCAUGUUGUUAAGGUUGGGAUAAAUGUUCGUUUAGAUACUCGUUUUGCAAAAGCUUCUGACACAGAGUUUGAGGCAACAGAAUCAGAGUGAAAUUUCAAGGUGUUUGCACAGGUUGAAAUCGAAGACCGUAAUGAAAUUGAUUUGUAUUGACUUUACUGUAAUGAAAUUGAAGUCUUUACAACGCAGUUAGUUCAGUUCUUUAUCUGUUAACUCCAUUGCUGAAGGUAUUACUGAGGUCAUGUCCAACGAAUGUUUUAUAAUGAUAUCUGAAGCAGAUGUACUUUGAAAUUAAAAAGAGCUCAAGAUUUGAUAUGUCCUUUCGAAAACCUGGUGGGGCCUUAACCUUUACUCUGAUAAAUUCCUAAAAUGGACUUGUCUAUCAUUCAACUUCAGCAGUACCACUUACCCGGUAUUAUUCAAAGGGAUUUUCACUGAAAAUUAACUGACUAAAUAGCGAACAGUGCAGACCAUGGUCAUCCUGCACAGAUGUGCAGCCUGAACUUGGUCUGCACUGUCCGCAAAGUCAAAACCACUUGCCACCAGCAGGCUGAAGGUUUAUGAUUGUUAAGGUUGCCAACGUUGAAAUCACUUGCCCACGUGGCUGUGGGUUCAAAAACAAAAAGCAUGCUUAAGGUGUAAAAUUCAUGUGAGGAAUCCAUCCAGCUGGCUUGUGUAAGGUUUGUGCUUCUACUGUGAUGCCUGCCCAUGCCUAAGAUAAUGCUUUUAGGGGUACCAGGGUAAAGUACUCUGUUUUCCAUUCAAAAUUGAAAAGUGCCACUGGGUACUGAAGGUAAACUGCCUAAAUUAUAGUUUUAUAUAAAAAUUGUUAAGAACUGUAUGAACUCCUUCUUGGUGUACUGGUCAAGUUUGUAGGAUAGUUUUUAUUAGCUCGACUUUUCGAAGAAAAAGUAGAGCUAUUGCACUCGCCCCGGCGUCGGCAUUGCCGUUGGUUAAAGUUUUUGAUAAAGUCAAAUAUCUCUGUUACUAUCAAAGCUAUUGACUUGAAACUUAAAAUACUUAUUUACUAUCAAAGUCUACACCAGGAGCAAUCUGACUAAAGUACAUCUCCUAUUACGCUACGCAUAGGAUCUGAGAACGACCUAUUCAUUGCCUCGUUCUGACGACCCUUUCGCUAGCCAAUCAGAGCCUAACUUACAACAUCUUGCAAAUCUACAUGUAGCCUUGACUUUUGAUAUUUACAAUUCUUAUGCCGUAAUGUAUCAGAUAGCUGCCUAGCUCAGUCGGUAGGCCACUUGCUUUGUAAGCGAGCCCUGGAAUGAUUGCACAUUUUUCUUACCCUUUGACAUUCGAACAAGUCGUCUGAUUGGAUAAAAUAAAAAUAGCAAUACUGGAAAUCCAAAAUCUACAGAAGACGAAUGUGAAUGGGUCGUUCUCAGAUCUUCGUUUAGAAGUUCAAGUACUUUAGUCAGAUUGCACCAGGAGAAACAAUCCCCAUGAUUCUGAUUGAAUUUUGACAGAAUUAUGCCCCUUUUUAACUUAGAAUUUUUGGUUAAAGUUUUUGAUAAAGUCAAAUAUCGCUGUAACUAUCCAAACAUUUGACUUGAAACUUAAAAUACUUAUUCACCAUCAAAGUUUACACCAGGAGAAACAAUCCCCAUAACUCUGAUUUGAAUUUUGACAGAAUUAUGCCCCGUUUUAACUUAGAAUUUUUUGUUAAAAUUUUUGAUAAAGUCAGUUAUCUCUGUUACUAUUAAAGCUUUUGACUUGAAACUCAAAAUAGUUAUUUACUAUCAAAGUCUACACCAGGAGACACAAAUCCCAUAACUCUGAUUUGAAUUUUGACAGAGUUUUGUCCCUUUUUAUCUUGGAUUUUUUUUUACUGGCAAAGCUGUAAUUCAGAGUCAAGCACCGAGAAAAGUCGAGCACGCUGUCUUGCGGACAGCUCUUGUUUCUGAGGCAAUUUGACUUUGACUUGAUUUGACCUGAUUACCAUAGCUUGUAAUAAAAAAAUGGUUGACAAUGUCAAAUGAAAUACAGUUGAAACUCGGUAUUUCAAACUUGCAUAUCUCAAAAUUCCGGCUUUCUUGAAGACAUUUUCAAGUCUCGUUCCAAAAACGCACACAAAAUAUCAAGUUGAAUAUCGGUUAUCUCCAAGUUAAACUCUUGAUCCCUCGGAAUUAGAGAUACGGAGUUCUAACUGUAUAACAGUUCUUUUAAUAAGCAUGUAGCCAUUUUGGAUGGUUUUCUGUUGUACUUAUAUAUAUAUUGGAGCACAUUAUCAUUAGGUUAUGUCAUUGAAGGCAGUUAUAUAAUUUUUAGCUCGACUAUUCGAAGAAUAGCUAUUCUACUCACCCUGGCAUCGGCGUCAGCGUCAGCGUCGGCGUCACACCUUGGUUAAGUUUUUGCAUGCAAGUACAUACAGCCAUCAAUUAAAGGCAUAUAGCUUUGAAACUUAUUUUUUCUUUUUCUAGGUCAAUUACCAACCUCUCUGGGUCAAGUCCCAUAACUCUGACAUGUAUUUUGAGCAAAUUAUGCCCCCUUUUGGACUUAGAAAAUUUUGGUUAAAGUUUUACAUGCAAGUUACUAUCUCCAAAACUAAUGCAGAUAUUGAUUUGAAACUUCACAUGUGUCUUCGGGGUUAUAAAACUAGUUGAUAGCAGCAAGUCCCAUAACUCUGACUUUCAUUUUGGCCAAAUUAUGCCCCCUUUUGGACUUAGAAAAUUCUGGUUAAAGUUUUGCGUGCAAGUACAUACAGCUAUUUCUAAAAGGCAUAUAGAUUUGAAACUUAUUUUUUCUUUUUCUAGAUCAAUUACCAACCUCACUGGGUCAAGACCCAUAACUCUGACAUGUAUUUUGAGCAAAUUAUGCCCCCUUUUAGACUUAGAAAAUUUUGGUUAAAGUUUUACAUGCAAGUUAGUAUCUCCAAAACUAAUGCAGAUAUUGAUUUGAAACUUCACAUGUGUCUUCGGGGUUAUAAAACUAGUUGAUAGCAGCAAGUCCCAUAACUCUGACCUUCAUUUUGGCCAAAUUAUGCCCCCUUUUGGACUUAGAAAAUUCUGGUUAAAGUUUUGCGUGCAAGUACAUAUAGCUAUUUCUAAAAGGCAUAUAGAUUUGAAACUUAUUUUUUCUUUUUCUAGAUCAAUUACCAACCUCAUUGGGUCAAGUUCCAUAACUCUGACAUGUUUUUUGAGCAAAUUAUGCCCCCUUUUGGACUUAGAAAAUUUUGGUUAAAGUUUUACAUGCAAGUUAUUAUCUCCAAAACUAAUGCAGAUAUUGAUUUGAAACUUCACAUGUGUCUUCGGGGUUAUAAAACUAGUUGAUAGCAGCAAGUCCCAUAACUCUGACCUUCAUUUUGGCCAAAUUAUGCCCCCUUUUGGACUUAGCAAAUUCUGGUUAAAGUUUUGAGUGCAAGUACAUACAGCUAUUACUAAAAGGCAUAUAUUUGAAACUUACUUUUUCUUUUUCUAGAUCAAUUACUAACAGCACUGGAUCAAGUUCCAUAACUCUGGCAUGUAUUUUGGGCAAAUUAUGCCCCCUUUUGGACUUUGAAAAUUCUGGUUAAAGUUUUACAUGCGAGUUUCUAUCUCCAAAACUAAUGCAGAUAUUGAAUUGAAACUUCACAUGUGCCUUAGGGGUUAUAAAACUAGUUGAUAGCAGCAAGUCCCAUAACUGAUAUGCAUUUUGGUCAAAUUAUUCCCCCUUUUGAACUUAAAACUCUUUUGAUAUUUAACCUUUUUAGGUAAUAUUUUCCUGCCUCUGGGACAAUAUUUCGAAUAGUCGAGCUUGGCUGUCUUACGGACAGCUCUUGUUUAUUUUAAAUAUUACAGGGGACGCUUUUGUCAUUUUUCAAUGAAAUUCUUUUUUUUUUAAAUUCGACAUAGAAUUCUGUUUCUUGGAUGUUUUGUUUUGUGGUAUGAGCUGUUCAGAACCAUUAUUGGACGUAGAUAGUCUGUUAUGUUCUUUGUUUCUUUUUCAUAUUCUUUGAAAGGUAAAGUAAAUAAAAAAAAAAAGAUGUU